CCUCGAGCCCUCUGAAAAACUCCGCCUCGUCUCGACCUUUCCCGCUUCACAAGCCCCUCCUCUUCUGGGGCGCUGAGAGAGCGGCGACGGUGACGAUCCAGCCGUGUCAGCUAUCUCUUGUCUGAGCGUAGUUCGUAAAGCGGGAUUUUGAAGACAAGGAAGCCAAAGGGAACAAGAGGAUCUUCUCACUCGGCUUCAUGGGCGCUUGCCGUUUUGAAGUGGAGACAAAUCGUUUCGUGAAAAAAAGUGGAUGGAGGUUUUUUUCUUAGUGGUCUGGUUAGUUAUCUGAACACGCUCAAAGACAGUGGAGUGGCUCUCGGAUAUUAGACCAGUGAAUGGCCACAAUCUAUGCCAGGUGCAAUCCAUCAGUUGUUACCCAAGUGCAAUGGCCAUCUCCAAUGAAGAGCCCGGAAGUGUUUGCCAGAGUAGUGGAGUGGAUGAAAUUCACAUUAGUAAUAAAAGGCCAGCACCGAGUGGUCCAGGCGAUGUGCUUGGACCCACGGUGGAUAUGAACCGAACAGACCUACCUUGGAAGUGGGAACACCCUAGUCAUCAACCUCAUCCCACCUUCACAGACCUCAAUAGUACGAAGAAUGAGCCCGUGGACUGCAGUUUAUGUGGGGAUGUCAUCAGUGAUCGUUACAUCCUCCAAGUGGCUAGUCGAUCGUGGCAUUCUGAGUGUCUGCGGUGUUCCAUUUGUCAAACCAUGUUGGAUUCCCAUGCCAGCUGUUUUCUGAGAGACGAUCAACUCUUUUGUAAACUGGACUAUGCCAAAUUGUUUGGCGCCAAAUGCUUUAAGUGCUGUCGUCUUAUUUCGCCCACCGAUUGGGUGCGAAAAGCCAGGGACCAAGUUUACCACCUUGCCUGUUUCGCUUGUGAUGCCUGCAAGAGGCAAUUAUCCACUGGAGAGGAAUUUGGAAUCCACGAGAACCGAGUUUUGUGCAAAUCCCAUUACAUGGAAAUCGUCGACGGAGGUCACACAUCUUCUGAUGAGAGUGGAGAGACAGAAUCUCAAAACAAGAAAAAAACCAAAAGGAUGAGAACGACCUUCACCGAAGAACAGAUUCAGAUCUUGCAAGCUAAUUUUCAAAUCGACUCCAACCCUGACGGACAAGAUCUGGAGCGAAUAGCUCAAAUCACCGGCUUGAGCAAGCGAGUGACUCAAGUGUGGUUCCAAAACUGUCGAGCCAGACAGAAGAAGUACAUGAACUCAGGGAAACCACGAGGACAAAGCAAGUCCGUUCCAAUGCCGGGCGUGAGUCCCAUUCAAAGAGACCAAUGCUCCACUCCUCAACAACUCGACCUCCACGUGAUGUAUUCAACCUUUAGGGCUCAGCCUCCCGCCACAUCCUCAGUAAUCCUGAUGACCUGAGUUCAGCGGCAGAUGCUAAUCCAACGGGAUUUAUGCAUGGAGAAGUGUGAGAAGAAGGCCAAAACUUAUGUCAAGGCUGUCUAGGCCUUGAAGGUUCAACCAAAGAAUCGUGUUGCUGUCGAGCCUCAUCAUCGCCCCAACGCCUGUGAUAAUAACUAAACAAAAACUUUUGAACAAUAUCGAUCAUGGAAAACGAAAGUUCGCUGCCUUUGAGUGCAAGUAAAUAAUAAUUGGACUCGAAACGUGUGUGCGUAUUUAUGUCCGGGUUGGAUAUUCGACAUUCGAUAUUCGACCCCCCCCCCUGAAUUAUUGUUGGCUGAGAAGAAUCAAAAACUUAUACUGUCAAAAAUUUAUAACCGUGAUGCUACAAGUGUUUGGAAAUAUACCU